AUGGAGCCCCACAAGUCCCACCUUGGUCUAGUCUUCUCUGUCUUCAGCCUGGACCUUCUGUUCCUGCUCCCCUUUCUUCCAGGGUGCCUGGGAGCUGAGGGCAGGCUGGCUCACAAGCUAUUCCGGGACCUCUUCGCCAACUACACAAGUGCCCUAAGGCCUGUGGCAGACACGGACCAGGCUCUGAAUGUGACCCUGGAAGUGACAUUGUCUCAGAUCAUCGACAUGGAUGAGCGGAACCAGGUGCUGACCCUGUACCUGUGGAUCCGCCAGGAGUGGACAGAUGCGUAUCUCCAGUGGGACCCCGAUGCUUAUGGAGGCUUGGAUGUCAUCCACAUCCCCAGCACUCUCGUUUGGCGGCCGGAUAUCGUCCUCUAUAACAAGGCGGACGCGCAGCCCCCGGACACAGAGCGCACCCAUGUGGUGCUGCGCCACGACGGAGCGGUGCGUUGGGACGCGCCGGCCAUCACGCGCAGCUCCUGCCGCGUGGACGUGUCCGCCUUCCCGUUCGACGCGCAGCGCUGCGGCCUGACGUUCGGCUCCUGGACGCACGGCGGCCACCAGCUGGACGUGCGGCCGCGUGGCGAGGCGGCCAGCCUGGCCGACUUCGUGGAGAACGUGGAGUGGCGCGUGCUGGGCAUGCCGGCGCGGCGGCGCGUGCUCACCUACGGCUGCUGCUCCGAGCCCUACCCCGACGUGACGUUCACGUUGCUGCUGCAGCGCAGGGCCGCGGCCUACGUGUGCAACCUGCUGCUGCCCUGCGUGCUCAUCUCGCUGCUCGCACCGCUGGCCUUCCACCUGCCCGCAGACUCCGGAGAGAAGGUGUCGCUCGGAGUCACCGUGCUGCUGGCGCUCACUGUCUUCCAACUGAUCCUGGCAGAGAGCAUGCCCCCAGCCGAGAGUGUCCCGCUCAUAGGAAAGUACUAUAUGGCCACGAUGACCAUGGUCACCUUCUCCACGGCACUCACCAUCCUCAUCAUGAACCUGCAUUACUGCGGGCCCAGUGCCCGCCCCAUGCCCACCUGGGCUCGCGUCCUCCUGCUGGGACACCUUGCCCGAAGUCUAUGUGUACGGGAACGCGGGGAGCCCUGUGGGCAGUCUAGACCCCCAGAAUGUCCCCCCAGCCCCCAACCUCCUAGGAGAAGAGCCGGCCCCCCUGCAGGCCCUUGCCAUGAGCUGCAGUGUCUGUGCCGGCAGGAAGCCUUGUUGCACCAUGUGGCCACCAUUGCCAGUGCCUUCCGUAGCCACAGGGCGGCCCAGCGCCGCCUUGAGGAAUGGAAGCGCCUGGCUCGCGUGAUGGACCGCUUCUUCCUGGGCAUCUUCUUCUCCAUGGCCCUGGUCAUGAGUCUCCUGGUUCUGGUUCAGGCCCUGUGA